UCUGCACAACCUUUCCAGAUACGCUGAGUCUUGCGCUGUUCCCUGGUGUCUACAAAGAUCCUUUAGACACAUGCCAACCAAGCCUUCUGUUAUUUACUUAUUUUCCCUUAGGAAGAAGAAAACCCAUCAACUGGAUUUCAGGAUGAACAAAGGAAGAGCUCCAAGGAGAGAAAUAUAAUCAAUGAAAUGAAAUGAAAUGUGACCAGUCCAGGGGUCCAGCUAGUCCAGCUUCGUCUUUUGCCUGGCUGCUAAUCAGAGCAAACAGUGAUGUCGAAGCCGGGGAGCUGCUACAGGAAAGAAGUGAUGCCAGCUAAGAAAUGAACCCUUCCCUGUCCCCUCCUCCUCUUCAAGGUGAUUAGCAUCCAUAGCUGGAACAGCAGAAGGUAUGUUUAGUUAGACCCUUCUGGAGGUGAUGGAAGGACCCAUCUCCUCAACUGUGAGGAUGGUCACAGACAAAAACCACCCACUCAGAAUCAACCUCAAUAUCUCCUACAACACCACCUGGGAUGACCUCUCCACUGCCAGUUCUAUGGAGGACAUCGUAGCCACCUGCACCAUCGGGACUCUCCUCUCUCUCAUGUGCAUUAUUGGGGUGACAGGCAACAUCUACACUUUGGUGGUGAUGUGCCACUAUCUGAGAUACUCUGCAUCUAUGUACAUCUACAUCAUCAACCUUGCCCUCGCAGACCUCCUCUACCUUCUCACCAUCCCUUUCAUUGUUGGGACAUAUUUCAUCCAGGAAUGGUACUUUGGGGAUGCUGGGUGCAGGAUCCUUUUUAGCCUGGAUUUCCUCACCAUGCAUGCUAGCAUUUUCACACUGAUGGUGAUGAGCACGGAGAGAUACUACGCAGUGCUCAAGCCUCUGGAUACUGUGAAAAGGUCGAAGAGCUACCGGAAAGCUAUUGCCAUGGCCAUCUGGGUAGUGUCCCUGCUCCUCACCCUCCCAAUGCUUAUCAUGAUCCAGCUAGUACAAGGGGAGAAGAACAUCUGCCUUCCAACCUGGAGCAAACUGUCCUACAAGAUCUACAUCACCAUCCUGUUCUGCACCAGCAUUGUGGGGCCAGGGGUUGUCAUUGGGUAUCUUUACAUCAGACUGGCCCGAACUUACUGGGUGUCCCAAACAACAUCUUUGAAGGAGACCAAGCGGCUCCCCAACCAAAAAGUGCUCUAUUUGAUCUUCACCAUUGUGCUGGUCUUCUGGGCCUGCUUCCUGCCUUUCUGGAUAUGGCAGCUCCUCUCCCAGUACUACGAACCUUUCCCUAUGUCCCAUAAGGCCAUGAGGAACAUCAACUACCUGACGACGUGCUUGACUUACAGCAACAGUUGCAUCAACCCUUUCCUCUACACCCUGCUGACCAAAAACUACAAGGAGUAUUUGAGGAACCGGCAGCGUUCCCUGAACAGCAGCAUCAGUGGGGUCCACUCCCAGAGGAGGAACAGGUUCCAGAGAAUCUCGGGGAGAUCCUUGUCCACAAGCAGCCAGCACUACACUGAGACCUUUGUGCUGCCUCCCAUCCCUGGAGGAAGCAGCAGCCCCUGAAGAAACCCAG